GUAGAGGAACUGGCAAGAAAUGGACAGGUCAUUGCUACUCAUGACAUCCAUAUGAUCUGCCCUAAAUCAGAACACAUUCCAACACCAGAUGGCAAUAUGCAUCGUGUGCCUCAGCCACCGGUGCCUGGCCUGGUGCGCCCACUGUCUCACCUCUAUCCUCCAAUAUACAACAUAGGCAAUCAUUUAACAAUGGAACAAUGUCAAGUUCUGGGCAGCAAAAUCCCUUGUGCAGAUACCAAUGAUCAGGCAACUUGCCGUCAAGCUAGCUGCUGCUAUGAUGACAGUGACUUUAGUACUCCUUGUUACUAUGGAAACACAGUCACUGUUCAGUGCCUUAAGGAAGGCCACUUCAUCCUGGUUGUCUCUAGGGACAUGUCAGACUACCCAGUUGUCCUUGACUCUGUUAAGCUGUCUUAUGCCCAAGCGGGGUGUGACCCUGUCAGGAGAACAGAGGCGUUCCUUGUCUUUCGCUUCCCCCUGACCCAGUGUGGCACAACUGUCCAGGUGAUUGGUGAUAAACUAAUUUAUGAAAAUCAACUAAUCUCUGGCAUUGAUAUCCAAAAUGGGCCAGAUGGGGCCAUCACCCGAGACAGCACCUUCAUGGUCCAUGCUCGCUGCAUCUACAAUGCCACUGACUUCCUGCCAGUCCAGGCUGAAGUCCUCUUGCCUCCCACCCCAGCUCCAAUUUCCCAAAUGGGACCUCUCAGGCUUGAACUGCGCAUUGCUACAGAUGCCAGCUACAAAUCCUAUUACUUGGAUGAAGAUUAUCCGGUGGUGAAGGUACUCAGGGACUCUGUGUACGUGGAGGUUCGCAUCCUGCAGAAAACAGACCCCUCCCUGGUUUUGGUUCUGCAUGACUGUUGGGCUACUCCCAGUGCUAAUCCCCUUGAGCAGUUGCAAUGGCCAAUCCUGAUAGACGGGUGCCCAUUUGAAGGAGAUAACUACAGAACCCAGCGGGUGCCUCCAGGGCCUGCCUCAUCUGAACUGCCUUUUCCAACUCACUACCAGCGCUUUAUCAUUUCUACUUUUGCUUUUGUGGAUUCUGGCUCUCAAGUGCUGCUUAGUCAGUUGGUUUACCUCUUCUGUAGUGCAUCAGCCUGCUACCCUUCCCAGUUUGAGCCUUGCGGAACAUGCAGCACUAGAUCUUCUCCAAGAGGCCGCAGGUUUUUGGACCCUCUGAAUAGGACAGAACCUGUGGACCUGGCAAGCUCUCAUGGACCUGUGAUCUUUCCUGAGACCAAACAGCCAGUGUAUAACAGCUCAGAAAUCCAAACAGAUUUUAACUCUGUUAUCUUGGGGUGCCUUUCUGUGGCAACUGUGUUUUCUGUGGUUGUAUUGCUGACCACGCUCUGGAGAUGGAACCGCAAAAGAUCCUGACUCUUCUGUGUAGCAGAGAUGUAACACAAAAAUAAAAGUCACUGAUAAUCCA